UGGCACACCUGUUUGCACACGUUUCAUAAACACAACCAGGAAAAACUUUGAGUUCAGAGAAACUGAAACUGUUGGGCUGUUGUGUGUUUCGUCUUUCUUUCUGUGUGAACAUACAGUGAAAUGGCAGAAGCGAGUAUUUCAGUGAUUCAGGAUCAGUUCAUCUGUUCAAUCUGUAAGGAUUUACUGAAGGAUCCAGUGGCCAUUCCCUGUGGACACAGUUACUGUAUGAGCUGUAUUACAAACUGCUGGGAUCAAGAUGAUCAGAAGAGAAACUACAGCUGCCCUCAGUGCAGACAGACCUUCAAUACAAGACCUGAUUUAUAUAAAAACACCAUACUGGCUGAAGUGGUGGAGAAAAUGAAAAACACUAAACGGAAAGCAGCUCGACCUUCUCCCAGUUAUGCUAAAGCUGGAGAUGUGAAGUGUGACGUCUGUACUGAGAGAAAACACAAAGCUGUCAAGUCCUGUCUGGUGUGUCUGAACUCUUACUGUCAAACUCACUUUAAACUUCAUGAAGAACUUCAGUCAGGAAAGAGACACAAAGUGAUAGACGCCACUGGACGACUUCAGCAGAUGAUCUGCCCUCAACAUGAGAAACUUUUAGAGAUUUACUGUAAAACUGAUCAGCUCUGUAUAUGUUAUCUGUGUAUGGUGGGGAAGCACAAAAAUCAUGAUACUAUACCAGCUGAAGAAGAGAGGACUGAGAAACAGAAAGAACUGAAGGAGACGCAGAGAAAAUAUCAUCAGAGAAUCCAGGAGAGUCAGAAGAAGCUUCAGGAGCUGAGAGAUGCUGUGGAGACUCAUAAGCGCUCUGCACAGACAGCAGUGGACGACACUGAGAGGAUCUUUACUCAACUGAUCCGAUCCAUUGAGAGAAGACGAUUUGAGGUGACACAGCUGAUCAGAGAUCAGGAAAAGACUGCAGUGAGUGAAGCUGAAGGACUCUUGAAGCGACUGGAGCAGGAGAUUGAUGAUCUGAGGAGGAGAGACGCUGAGCUGGAGCAGCUUUUACACACAGAUGAUCACAUCAAUUUCCUCCAGAGUUUCCAGUCUCUCUCUGUUCCUCCUGGAUCUACAGACUCACUCAGCAUCACUGGCAGCGCUCUCAUCUUUUUUGAUGAUGUAGGAAAAUCUGUGUCUCGUCUGAGAAAGAAACUGGAGGAUUUCUGGAGAGAAGAGAUAGAGAAGAUAUAUCAUAAAAAUUAUCAUCACUUCACUGCAGAUCCAAACACAGCACAUACAUUUCUCCGUCUGUCUGAGGGGAACAGAGUGAUUACUAACACUAAAAGAGUUCAGCAUGAUCCUGAUCAUCCAGACAGUUUUAAUAAUUUUUGUUUUCAGGUGAUGUGUAGUGAGAGUGUGAGUGGACGCUGUUACUGGGAGAUUGAGUGGAGUGGUCAUAAGGUGGAUAUUUCAGUGUCAUAUAAGAGCAUCAGGAGGAAGGGAGGUGAUGGGUGUUUGUUUGGAUUUAAUGAUCAGUCCUGGUGUUUGGUCUGCUAUGGCUCCAGUUGUUCAUUCUGGCACAAUAAGAUUGAGACUAAACUCCCUGAAAUGUCCAUAUCUUCUAGAAUAGGAGUUUAUGUGGAUCACAGUGCAGGAUCUCUGUCCUUCCACAGCGUCUCUGACACAAUGACCCUCAUCCACAGAGUCAACACCACAUUCACUAAACCUCUCUAUCCUGGGUUUUAUGUUGCUGGAUCAGUGAAACUGGUUGAUAUAACAAUAUAGAUGAUAGAGAGAGUCUAUAAAUAAUUUUGUCUGAACAUGAUGAAUCAACACAAAGAAAUAUUAAGUCUUUCAUUUAGUAAUUAGUAAUUUUAAAUAACUGAUUGUAAUGUUAUAUUUUAAUAAUUGUAUUUUGUCCUGUCAAUCAGAGGUAGCUGUACAGUAGUUAUUUACAGUUAAUAUUAUUCAUCUACAGCCGUGUAUUCUUUUAUGUAU